CUAUAUACUACGUUUCCCAUGAACACAAUUUAACCGGAACAAGAUAUACGUCAUAUUUAUGCGGAAGAGCUGUAGACAUAAAUAGCUAUCGAAAAUGUCUACAGCCAAGCACAGGAUGCGCGAUAAGAAGAUGAGGAACCAGCCGAUCAACGUCACCUAUUCCUCACAGGGCAACUCACACUGGAGGAACGGAGGGGACACUCCUACAGGUCGAGGCCAUGAUCUGUCUCCACAUCCAUGGGGCCAGGGGUCCUCCCACUCUGGCCAUGCCCAGGGAGGGGGCUGGGUCCGGGGCCACCAGAGAGAAGGACACGGGGGAUACCCGCAGGCUCUGCCCACACACAUCACUGCCUCAGCGUUUGCCAAGGCCCGGGCUGCAGAGGUGAAGGCCAUGUUGAUGGCCGUCACCAAGACAACAGGCAGCUCCCAUGUGUUUGGAGCUCUUCCUAAACACAUGAGGAGAAGAGCCAUGAGCCAUAACACCAAGAGACUGCCCUGCAGGCUGAGAGAUAUGGCCAACAACAUGUUGGAGAAGAGUCAGAAGGCUGGUCAGAAGGUGAAGAAGGAACAGUCCAAGAGCAAGAGCCGUAAAGCCCGGCGUCGCCACGGCAACAUGCUCCUGGAGUUCAACCGCCGCCAGCGGAAGAACCUGUGGCUGGAGACUCACAUCUGGCACGCCAAGCGCUUCCACGUGGUCAAGAGAUGGGGCUACUGUCUGGGAGACAGGCCAACCUACAAGUGUUACAGAGCCUGCUACAGAGCCAUGAGCUCCCACUGUCUCCUACAGGACAUGUCCUACUACUGCUGUGUGGAGUUACAGGGACCAGGGGAACAGCUGUUAGCUGCUCUGUCUAAGCUGACCAGCAAGGAAACUGGGCCUACGUUUGCAGCAGCCAUGUGUGUGUCAGGCAGGAGACAGGGCAGUAUGGUGGUGUACAGAGCAGGACAGUACCCUCUGCAGCCCCUGGGGCCUGUCACAUUCCUCUGGAGACCCACAACGCAGGGUCGGGGGGGCCAGGAGGACCAGGGCUCCCAGGGAUCAACACACAGACAGCUGUGGAUCUGGGUUCACCCCACCAUGAAAACGGACCUCCUCCCAGAGCUGCAGGCUGUCUGUCAGUGUUCUGAGGCUGUCCUUCCACCUGCUUCAGUGGACCUCCCUGUCCCACAGCCAGCUCCUACCCCCACCUUGGCCUCCGGUCCUGGGGCUGGUCCUGAGGCGGUGCAGGCCUCUGGUUCUGGUUCUAAGAGGAAGUGGUCCUCCAGGGAGCCUGAGGCUGCUGGGCCACCAGCCAAGAAGCUCCUGGGAUACAGUACCAUUUCUGCUACCACACCCGUAACCUGGAGGUCCAGUACCACUGGUAUAGUCAUCAGUGACCUCACCAUGGAGAUGGUGCGGUAUCGUCUGAUUGGACCUCUAUCACAUUCCGUUCUGACUGAAACCCUGGCCCCUGCCACACACUGUGAUGCUCCAGGUAAAUCCAGACCAUCCCCCUUCUGGUGGCCAGAUCACUGCAGAGACGACUGUAACAUGUCUCUUCUUCAACAACAAGCUGGUGUCUUCAACAUGCUCAGAGGUGUGUACUCCACAGCGGAGGUCCCAGCCGGCUCAGUUCUGGGUCUGACGGUGGAUGACCCCAGAUUGACCUUACCAAACAAGAGAAGCAAGGCCGUGUCCGACAUCAGGAAGGCACAAGGAGUGAAAGAGGAGAGGAGGAGGGAACUGAUGUUGAAGGGGAUCCCUGAACCCCUCAGCCAGAGUUCCCUGUGGGACCGGUCUGUCCGCGACAACGUCACACACAACAAGAUGACAGACCAGGAAAUAAACAGACUGCGUAGUGACGUUCUGGUCCCAGGCUCCAGACUCCCCACCCCCCUGCAGGGUAGAGUACCCGUCCUACUGGUGCAGCAGCCUGGGAAGAGCCAGGGCACAGAGAUGGGGUCCUGGGGGGCGGGAUGGGACCUGCUGCUACCCAAGGCCUGGGGCAUGGCCUUCUGGGUCCCUCUGGUUUAUAGAGGAGUACGUAUCGGAGGGCUGAGGAUGAGUCUGAAACACGCCCAGAAUAAAGGAGAGCCUCACUUUCCCCACGACUACCCAGACUGCCCUGCAGGAGCACGCUUCCAGGAAGAGCAGGAGGCAGAGCUGCUGGCCAAGUUCAGGAGGCGCCCACCAGCCAAACGGACCAAUUACAUCAAACAUGGCUGCCUGGCUCCGUUCCGUUGUCCCUGGCAACAGCUGGUCGAGGAGUGGGAGCUGAUCGUGAAGGAGGAAGGAGGAGGAGGAGAGGAGGCGGUCGCAUCAAUGGAACAGGACGUGACACCACCACAGAGUAACUUCACAGUCUUGAGGAAUAGGAAGUCUCUAAGGCAGCUGUCCGCUUGGUGUCGCCCCACAUCCUCUAAAUGUCAGAGGGCACGUAACCCGGGAUCAACACCACAACUCAACCGUAACGUUGCAGCGUCUCUCCUCUCGGCACACGGUGGCAGCAGCCUGGUGUGGAUCCGUCUCUCCCUCGUCACCAAGGGCCAACCGGAGCAGCACGCCCUGGUGUGUGUCCCCACCGCAGAGGACCUCCAGCUGGUACGUGAGGAGCCGGGCUGCACAGGGCCCCAGGAGCCUCUACACACUGACCACUUCAAGAGCCGCGUCAAACGGCCACGCAAGAAGGACCACAACAAACCUGGAACCUCCUCCUCUUCCUCCGCCAAGCAGUCUGACCCUGCCUCAGUCCCUGGUGUCAACCCUGGUCCUGAUCCUGGCUCCUCAUCCAGCCUCACCAACCCCUCUUCCUCCUGUACCUCAGCCCCUAGUGUCAACCCUGAUCCUAGCUCCUCCUCCAGCCUCACCAACCCCUCUUCCUCCUGUACCUCAGCCCUGACUCUGGGUCUCUGGCCGGAGCCCCUUCCCAGCGUCACCUCUCACUGCUCCAGGGUGACUCUGGGCUGGGUGACCCAGGGGGACUUCUCCCUGUCGGCUGGCUGUGGAGAGGCUCUGGGGCUCCUCAGCCUUACUGGUCUCCUACACACCCUGCUCAGACAGCCUGACGGCCAGAGAGGACUGGUGCUGCUACGGAACCCCGGGUCACUGCAAUACCGUUUCGCUAAGAUCAACAUAGAGGUCUGAGGAGUACUGCAGGUUCAAUCCCACAUCACAACAGUACCGCUUCCCUAAGAUCAACAUAGAGGUCUGAGGAGUACUGCAGGUUCAAUCCCACAUCGCAACAGUGCCGCUUCUCUACGUAAAGCCACAGACUGUGUUCUGAGUAAAACACUGUGCCUAGUGUGAGUCCCUUCACCCCAACCCCAGUUAGGGGUACUAGAUAUGAAAUGCCUGGCAUGCACACAUAACAUUACAUUUAUUGAAUGGCACAUUGUUUGAGUGGAAGAACUUUUUAUUGAUAAUAAUUCCCUGUAAGGUUUUCUGGGAAUUUUUCAUUUGAGUUGAAAUGAGUUUUUAUUUUUAUUUUGUUCAAUAUUGUUUUCACCGAAGGGACUGCCUUCAGAUUGUCACUGUGUGUGUACUGGUUCUGAGAGAAGACACCAGUCAUUAUGUACUGGUUCUGUAGAGAAGACACCAGUCAUUCUGUACUGGUUCUGUAGAGAAGACACCAGUCAUUCUGUACCGGUUCUGUAGAGAAGACACCAGUCAUUAUGUACCGGUUCUGUAGAGAAGACACCAGUCAUUCUGUACCGGUUCUGUAGAGAAGACACCAGUCAUUCUGUACCGGUUCUGUAGAGAAGACACCAGUCAUUCUGUAGAGAAGACACCAGUCAUUCUGUAGAGAAGACACCACUCAUUAUGUACCGGUUCUGUAGAGAAGACACCAGUCAUUAUGUACUGAUUCUGUAGAGAAGACACCAGUCAUUAUGUACCGGUUCUGUAGAGAAGACACCAGUCAUUAUGUACUGAUUCUGUAGAGAAGACACCACUCAUUCUGUACUGGUUCUGUAGAGAAGACACCAGUCAUUCUGUACCGGUUCUGUAGAGAAGACACCAGUCAUUCUGUACUGGUUCUGUAGAGAAGACACCAGUCAUUAUGUACCGGUUCUGUAGAGAAGACACCAGUCAUUAUGUACCGGUUCUGUAGAGAAGACACCAGUCAUUCUUUGGUUUGCCUGAUUCCCAUUUUUGUGAAAACAUAUUUGUUUGGAUUUGAGAGCUGUAGUUGAAAUGGUUGACAAUAAAAAUCCCUCUACUCCAA